CCAUGACAGCAGGUGUGUAGUGUGUCACCAGCUGUUCUACAGGAGAAUUUUAUAAUAUAAACCGACCUGUAUCAACGCUCGGGACCCUUACAUCACAAAAUGUCUGCUUCACACUCGACGACUGAGCAGAGUAACAUGGUAUGUGCCAUCUGCACAGAAGUGUUUAGGUCACCGAGGUUUCUACCCUGUCAUCACACCUUCUGUGUAGGGUGUCUUGAGCAGCUGACAAAAGUAUAUAAUAAACACGUGAUAUUUUGUCCUACCUGUAGAGCUCCUGCUACUGUACCGCCAGGUGGUGUGCGUGCUCUACAAGUCAACUUCUACUUCACGGAGGAAGCUCUGGAGCAGGCGCGCAAUGAGGGAAGUCACUCCAUGUGUAAUGUUCACACCAAGGAGUGUGUUAUAUUUUACUGUACACAAUGUGACCAAGCCAUCUGCAUGCGUUGUAAACUGACUAAACACGAGGGUCACGUGACCGAAGACCUGUCAGAGAUCACUGCCCGCCGUAAGAAAAAGAUUGAAGAAGAGUUGCCUCGUCUGAAGGACUCCGUUGAACGCAUAACACGAAAAUGUGAAAGUUUUAAACAAAGCGAAGAGCUUGCCAGAAAGAAGAAAGCUGUUGUCUUGAAAGAGAUUGAAGGCCGGCUAGACUUUAUUGUGACCAUGGUCAAGAAAUAUCGGACUGAAGUUCUGCAGCAGCUGGAAGAAAUCUCAGACAGUCUGGAGAAAGAUUUAGCCGCGGAUACCCAGAGAGUGAGGAAUGUGUUAAACUCCAUGCUCCAGCUUCAAAACCGAGCUUGUCAGGCCUUGACUUCUGCACGCGACACCGAUGUCCUGGAGAUGGAGAAAGAGAUGACAGAGGGAGAAGGAAGCCCCCAGAGGCUGAGAAAUCUUGAAGAUGGACUGCCUGACACGAGUUACCGCCUUGGGCUCCACAGUGACUUCACUAACGACAUUGAGGGCUACAUCAAGAGGUUCAUGGGGUCAGCAGUCAAACUGCACUUUCCAAGUGAGGAAAAGGUCGACAUGGUUAACGUGGGACGAUGUGGUGAUGGUGAGCGCUGUGAUAUUCAUUCCCUUCGGCAAAAGGAAGACAGACGUAUCCAGGUAUUUUAUGGGGGAGUGGGAGAUGGCUCUUCCAAAGAGAAAGAAGCAGUGUUUCUAUUUACUGGUUCUAAAAGCAUUGAGCAAGAAUACGGAUUCCGGAUAUCGUGUGUCACACGUAAGGACUACAUAAUGCAGUGGAACAGACAGUCACGUAGAAUUUUCGGUUCCAAGAAUGAAAGUUUGUUUUACAUACUUCAAGACUGUGCGACAAAUUUCUGUAAGAUAUGCUCAGUUGAUUUAAGACAAGCAGAAUCUCAAAACUCAAUCUCUGGUACUGCUUUGCUUCAUCCAAAGGUACACAAAGUCCAUAAUUUUGAUUCUUAUAAGCAAGGGCAGUUGUUUGCUGUGGUAGACGAAAAUGACAAUUCAAAGAAGAGAAAUGAGGAGAAAGAGGACAAGAUGGCCUCCCGUGUUGUGCGUCUUUAUUCUCGGGAAUCUAACGACCCAGUGACGACCUAUACGCCACCAAACCAACCCUUCUUCCCAACGGACAUCUGCUUUUUGCAGUGAUGAUUUUGCUGCUGAUUGCCGAUUGGCUCAAUGACUGUGUACACGUGACACAAGUAACCGACUACGGCCUCGAAUUCAUUAAGUACCUGGCAGGAAGCGGUGACAUCGUAAGACCUACAGCUUUGAACUUUGACCUUAACGGCCAAUUGCUUAUUGGGUGUGGGGAUGGCUGGGUUCUGAAAUAUCCCUUUGAUAUUGCUGACAUGAAUAAGACUCCUUCUCGAAAACGAAAGUUCCAUGGGGCCUCCAUCACCCCAAAUCCUAAAAAUAAAAAAUAAUGGAAUGCGGGCCUGGCAACCUGGGAAAACAGUAAAUAUCCAUGCUCUCAGCACACAGAUGGAUUAAUUCUAUGAACCUUUUCUUUCUUUCCUUCCUUCUUUCUUUUAUAAUAAUAGCGGUUCAUAAAACAAGAUUUUUAUUUUUUAUUUAUAAUGCAAAGUUGGCUAAAUGUAUUUUGCGCCCGAUUGCCCUUUUUUCUUCUGUUAUUUUCUAGUAAAAAAGAGAAAAGUUUUUGUGGACGCUUAAAUUUCCUUUGCACUGGUUAAGCAGCCUAUGACAAACAUAAUUUUGAAAUUCUUUUUAAAGAUUUUUGCACUUCUUCCUCUUCUUGGAAUCUUGGAACAACCAUUUUAUGACCUAAGUAAAGCCACAUUUGAAUUUUUUCAAAGCACAGGAUCGUAAUAUAAAUACUGCACAAGAAGAAAUUACCAAAAGAUAUUUUCUCGUUACAUGAACAAAUUUUAAGUAUAAUAUUUUACAAUUAUUUGGUUUAGAGCAAAGGUCGUUUUCACUUAUUUUUAUGCAUUUUGAUUAAUGUCGUUAAUUGUUGUCUCUCUGAAAAUCUUUUUUGAACAGCAGGUCUUAUUUCUUAUGCCAAAGCGUUGGCGCUUAUGUGAUCAGUUUUAUCUUAGUUAUCAAUUUUGACCGCUUGAUUUGUAUGUAAAAAGUUGGGUUUAGGUUUUGUUCAUAUUUCAACAGGAACUUUUUACUGUUAGAGCAGGUUUGCUCUAAACUUCAUUUUUUGCACGGAUGUAGGUUCAUACUUAUAGGGUGCUCAUUGGGAAUAGGUAUUACAGUACAGUGAUACCUCGGUUCUCGAACGCCUUGACUUUCGACCAAAUCGGUAUUCGACCAGGAAAUUCGAGAAAAUUUUGUCUUGGAAUUCGAACAAAUAUUUGGA